AUGCAUCAAAGACAUGUGAAGUUCAAAGAAUGUGAUUUGGUGUUGAUUAACUUACGAAGAGAGAGAUUUCCUCUUGGGAAGUUUGGCAAAUUACAACCUAAGGCAAAUGGUCCGUUUAGAGUUCUCCAAUGCAUUGGGAAGAAUGCCUAUAAGGUAAAACUUCCUGACACUUAUGAAGUAUCUUCCAUCUUCAAUAUUGUUGAUUUGUCAUCUUACUAUGGACAGAAUACUAAUUCAGACUUGAGGACAAGUCUUUUCCAACCAGAGGAGAUUGACAUUGGACACAUUAUACAACUUGGGUCGAAACUAAGACAUGAUUCUAGCAAUAUUGUUCUUCAAGUUCUAUAUCUCUUAAGUGGAUUUCCUAGAAUGGUAAACUUUUAUUGUUUUAUGUCUUUGAUUAGAAUUCUUAGAGUGAUGUUUCUAUUUUUAGUUAGGAGGCUUCUCAUGGAUCUUUCAACAAGUGUCUUUGGUGUGUCCCAGCUUCUAGCAAUGCUCACAGAAAGGCAUCACCUUUUGGUGACUUCCUCACGCCGUACCUCUGAAGAAGAAGAGUUCUCACUUCUGUUGGCCAUGACAGAAACUCGUGUGGCUAUAGAGAAUCGGAUUUCUACAGAAACAUUAGCUGUCCAUUUUUUGUUCUACAUAUUCAAUGUUCUCUAUUUAAAUCAUGCUGGUAUUCUGAUAUAUGAAACUUAUGGACUUCUACCUUUUUCUUCUCUCUCUCUAUCUCUCUCUAAUGUGUCUAACAGAAAAAAAAAAAAAAAAAAGACUUGUUCAGGACAUACACAUCUUGCAGAGAAGCUAAAAGUACCACUUCAUGUAUUCUUCACUAUGCCAUGGACGCCUACUAGUGAAUUUCCCCAUCCUUUGUCCCGUGUUAAACAACAAGUUGGUUACAGACUUUCAUAUUAUAUUGUCGAUGCCCUAAUAUGGCUGGGAAUACGGGACAUGAUAAAUGAGCUCAGGAAGAAAAAGCUGAAGCUGAGACCUGUCACAUAUUUGAGAGGAUCCUAUUGCUCUCCUCCAGAUGUGCCUUACGGGUAUUUAUGGAGCCCUCACCUUGCGCCCAAACCAAAAGACUGGGGACCAAAGAUUGAUGUAGUUGGCUUUUGUUUCCUUGACCUUGCAUCCAGUUAUGAACCACCAGAGUCACUUGUAAAAUGGCUAGAAGAUGGUGAAAAGCCUAUCUAUAUUGGUUUCGGUAGUCUUCCUGUUCAGGAACCUGAAAGGAUGACCCAGAAAAUAGUACAAGCUCUAGAGAAAACUGGACAAGGAGGCAUCAUAAACAAAGGCUGGGGUGGUCUUGGCAAUUUGGCAGAGCCAAAGGACUUUGUGUACUUACUGGACAACUGCCCUCAUGACUGGCUAUUUUUACGAUGUGUGGCUGUGGUUCAUCAUGGUGGAGCUGGAACUAUUGCUGCAGGUCUCAGAGCUGCGUGUCCAACAACUAUUGUACCUUUCUUCGGAGACCAGCUUUUCUGGGGAGAGCGAGUGCAUGCCAGAGGAGUAGGUCCUGCACCCAUUCCUGUUGACAAGUUCUCAUUGGACAGCCUGGUUGAUGCCAUUUACUUUAUGCUGGAUCCUGAGGUAAAAAAGCGUGCUGUUAAGUUAGCGAAGGACAUGGAAGGUGAGGAUGGAGUAGCAGGUGCAGUAAAUGCCUUCUAUAAACAUUUUCCUGGCAAAAAACCUAAGGACGAACCCGUUCCAGCCCCAGCUCCUUCAGGAUUAUUUUCAAUAAGACGCUGGUUUGGUCACGCUCGCACAUAA